AUCACACAGUCUAGCGAAGUCUUGGUUUGUCCUUCUAUCUAUCCCAAGCUCCUGAGCAAGGGGGUGGGGGGAGCAUGGCUCCUGCAGUGUGAUUUGCUGGCAAGCGGCCACCCCCUGGACCGUCUCCUCCUUAACUGCAGUCACUUCAGAGAGGCUUCCGUGGAUUCCUGGCAUCUUAAGCCAUAAAGUGACUUGCUCGCAGCACGAGACAGAGGCUGCGUACUCCAGUUGUAUUCCACUAUUUUUGGUAUGAUGGUUUCCAGGACUCCUUUCCCAAUUACAUUUGAACAGCUUUGGUGAUUAACCUAAGAAACAUUGCCAUGGCUGGCCCAGGCCGGCGAAUUGGGAUGCUCUCUACAGAGCUGAAUAAGGUCUGCCCUGAUGAAGGAGAUGGCUAUCCCGUGUAUCCUAAGAGCUAUUAUGAACUCGACGUGGUCCCCAACCUCAGACGAAGUAACAGUGCUUUCAGUAAGACCAAGAAAAGGGCUCACUUCAAUCCUAGCAACAAUGAGAAGGAAAAUCUCAGCACGUGGAUUCCUGAAAACAUUCGGAAAAAAGAAUGUAUUUAUUUUAUCGAAAGUUCCCAGAUGUCAGAUUCUGGGAAGGUGGUGUGCGAGUGUGGGUAUCUCAGGGAACACCAUUUAGAGGAGGCCAUAAAACCUGCCAUGUUCCAGGGGAAAGAAUGGGACCCCAGGAGACAUGUCCAGGAAGUGCCAACAGAUGCUUUCGGGGACAUCAACUUCACAGGCUUGGGGCAGAAAUUAGGGAAGUAUGUGCGUGUCUCCUCUAACACCCCCCCGCGAAUCAUCUAUCAUCUGAUGACGCAGCACUGGGGCCUCGAUAUACCCAACCUCUUAGUAUCUGUGACUGGAGGAGCUAAAAACUUCAACAUGAAGCUGAGACUCAAGAACAUAUUCCGGAGGGGGCUUGUCAAGGUGGCCCAGACGACAGGUGCCUGGAUCAUCACCGGCGGUUCUCAUGCUGGAGUGAUGAAGCAAGUUGGGGAAGCCGUACGAGACUUCAGCAUGAUCAGCAGCUCUAAAGGCGGGAUUGUCACCAUUGGCAUUGCUACAUGGGGGACCGUGCACAACCGCAGUAGCCUCAUCUGCCCCAUGGGUAGCUUCCCAGCUGAAUAUGUAAUGGAUGAGGAGACCCAAGGGAACCUCUCUUGCCUGGACAGUAAUCACACGCACUUCAUCCUGGUGGAUGAUGGGACACAUGGCAAAUACGGCGUGGAGAUCUCCCUGAGGACCAGACUAGAGAAGUUCAUUUCGGAGCAAACCAAGGUGAAAGGAGGAGUUGCCAUUAAAAUACCGAUCGUUUGUGUGGUAUUGGAGGGUGGCCCUGGCACACUUGACACCAUCUACAAUGCAGUCACCAAUGGCACCCCCUGCGUGAUCGUGGAAGGCUCGGGACGUGUGGCUGAUGUCAUUGCUCAAGUGGCUAACCUGCCCAGCCCCAAAAUAAGCAUUUCCUUGAUUCAGAAAAAACUGAGCACAUUCUUCAAGGACAGUUAUGAGCAGUUCACUGAGAGUAAGGUUGUGGAAUGGACCAAAAAGAUCCAGGAUAUUGUGCGAAAUAGGCAGCUCUUGACCAUCUUCAGGGAAGGCAAAGAUGGGCAGCAGGAUGUGGAUGUGGCCAUUCUGCAAGCCAUGCUCAAAGCUUCCCGAUACCGUGAUCACUUUGGCUGUGAGAAUUGGGACCACCAGCUGAAGCUUGCGGUGGCAUGGAACAGGGUGGACAUUGCCCGGAGUGAGAUUUUCACCGAUGAUCAUGAGUGGAAGCCCUCUGAUCUUCACCCCAUGAUGGCAGCUGCCCUCGUGGCCAACAAGCCGGAUUUCAUCAAGCUGUUUCUGGAGCAAGGCAUGCGCCUGAAGGAAUUUGUUACCUGGGACACCCUGAUCUACCUCUAUGAAAACACGGCGACCUCCAGCGUCUUCCACGGGAAGCUGCAGAAGGUGUUGCUGGAGGAGAAGGAGCGCUCUGCCUUCUCCAAAGUGCCACGGAUCCAGCUGUACCACGUGUCCCAGGUGCUGCGGGAGCUGCUGGGGGACUUCACACAGCAGCUGUACCCCAAGCCAAAGACCACCGAGCGACACCGUCUCUCCAUCGCUGUGCCUCACAUCAAGCUCAAUGUACAAGGGGUGAGCCUUCGAUCCCUUUACAAGCGUUCCACUGGCCGGCUCACGUUCACCAUGGAUCCUGUGAGGGACCUGCUCAUUUGGGCAAUUGUCCAAAACCGCAAGGAGUUGGCUGACAUUAUCUGGACCCAGAGCCAGGACUGCAUUGCAGCAGCAUUGGCUUGCAGCAAGAUGCUGAAGGAGUUAUCCAAGGAAGAAACCGACACUGACAGCACUGAGGAAAUGCUGGCCUUGGCGGAGGACUAUGAGUCCCGAGCCAUUGGUGUGUUCACUGAAUGUUACCGGAAGGAUGAAGAAAGAGCCCAGAAGCUCCUUAUCCGGGUCUCUGAUGCUUGGGGGAAGACCACCUGUCUACAACUAGCUCUGGAGGCCAAAAAUAUGAAGUUUGUGUCUCAUGGCGGCAUCCAGGCCUUCUUAACCAAAGUCUGGUGGGGGAAGCUGAGUGUCGAUAAUGGAAUUUGCCAGGUCAUCAUGUGCAUGCUGUUCUUCCCUCUUCUCUAUACAGGUCUCAUCACUUUCAGAGAGAAGACGCUCCAGCCAAUGACUUGCCUAAACCGCUUCCGAGCCUUCUUCACGGCUCCAGUUGUCAUCUUCCACCUCAACAUCCUUUCCUACUUCAGCUUCCUCUUGCUCUUUGCCUACGUCUUGAUGACAGAUUUCCAGCCAACUCCAUCCUGGCGGGAGUAUGUCAUCUAUUUCUGGCUCUUCUCCUUGGUGUGUGAGGAGACACGUCAGCUUUUUUAUGAUCCUGAUGGGUUUGGCUUGGUGAAAAUGGUUUCCUUGUACCUCAAUGAUUUCUGGAAUAAAUUGGAUGUGUGUGCCAUCCUAAUCUUUAUAACUGGCCUGGCCUGCAGAUGGAUCCCAGCCACGUUGUAUCCAGGAAGGAUCAUACUGUCUCUGGCUUUUAUUAUCUUCUGCCUGCGUUUGAUGCACAUUUUCACAGUCAGUAAAACUCUUGGCCCCAAGAUCAUCAUAGUAAAGAGGAUGAUGAAGGAUGUCUUUUUCUUCCUCUUCCUCUUGGCUGUUUGGGUUGUGUCCUUCGGAGUGGCCAAGCAAGCCAUCCUGAUCCACAAUGAGAAGCGCGUGGACUGGAUCUUCCGGGGUGUUGUUUACCAUUCUUACUUGACAAUAUUUGGACAGAUCCCUUCCUACAUUGAUGGUGUGAACUUCAGCCUCGAUCAGUGCAGCCCGAACGGGACUGACCCCUACAAGCCCAAGUGCCCAGAGAACAAUGAGGCCAACCAGAAGCCCAUCUUCCCAGAGUGGCUGACAGUCAUCCUGCUCUGCCUCUACCUGCUCUUCACCAACAUUCUCCUCCUCAAUCUCCUCAUUGCCAUGUUCAACUACACAUUCCAACAGGUGCAAGAGCACACGGAUCAGAUCUGGAAGUUUCAACGCCAUGACCUAAUUGAGGAGUACCACGGCAGGCCCCCUGCUCCACCACCCUUCAUCCUCCUUAACCACCUGCAGCUCUUUGUCAAACGGGUCAUUCUCCGAAAGCCAGCCACACGGCACAAGCAGCUCAAACAGAAGCUUGAGAAGAAUGAAGAGGCAGCUCUCUUGUCUUGGGAGAUGUAUAUGAAGGAAAACUAUUUGCAAGUCCAACAGUGCCAACAGAAGCAGAACCCUGAGCAGAAGAUCCAGGACAUUGCAGACAGAGUGGAUAUGCUGGCGGAAAUGCUGGACCUUGAUCGGGUGAAAAGGACGGGGCUGGUGGAGCAGAGGUUGGUGUAUCUGGAAGAGCAGACAUUCCAGUUUGCCAAGGCACUGAGGUGGAUUGUUCACUCCCUGUCCAGCAGUGGGUUUGGAUCUGAGGAAGAGGCUCCUAUCAUAGUCCCCAGCAGAGCCCCAGAGAUGAAGGAAUGCCACCCUUCAGAGGAGGUCCCAGCAUCUUUUCACACCCUAUACCACGUGAGCGCCAGGAACCUCUUGUAUCCUAACUCCACUGCUGUCCGGUUUCCUGUACCUGAUGAGAAGGUGCCAUGGGAGAUAGAGUUUGAGAUCUACAACCCACCUUUCUACAGCACAGAAAGGCAAGAGAAUGUUAUACCAGAGUUUCUGAGAGACUCUUUGGAGAAUCUUUCAAGAAUCAACUUCAACGGUAUGGAUGGAGAUAUCAACAGGCAGAGCUUCCAUGGCACCUAUCAGGUCAAGGAUGACCUGCCACUGAAUCCCAUGGGAAGGACAGGCUUGAAGGGCCAAGGGAUCCUUCGGUUCUUUGGACCAAAUCAUGCCCUUCACCCUAUUGUGACACGGUGGAGAAGGAAUGUGGACGGAUCCAUAUAUAGAAAAAGCUUAAAGAAAAUGCUGGAAGUCUUAGUGGUCAAAUUCCCCUUUUCAGAGUACUGGGCUUUGCCUGGGGGAUCUCUGGAGCCAGGAGAAGCAUUGCCACAGAAGCUGAAGCGGGUUCUGAGACGGGAAUUCUGGCCACAGUUUCAGAAAUUGCUGAAUCAGGGUACAGAGGUAUAUAAAGGGUAUGUGGAUGACCCCAGGAACACGGACAAUGCCUGGAUAGAGACGGUGGCCGUUAGUGUGCACUUUGAAGACCAGAAUGAUGUGGAGAUGAAGCGAUUGAAUUCGUUUCUCCACGGCUGUGAUCUUGAGGUGACGGCCCGGUGGCAGGUUGUGGACAAGAAAGUUCCCCUUUAUGUGAACCACAAAGAGCUCCUGCAGAAAGCAUCCCUCCUCCUGGGGGCCUACUACUGACGACACAGCAAUGUCGACACUACCAAUCCAUUCCCACCACCACCCCACUUCUCUCCCUCAGCUCUUUCUAAAUGCAGUAAACCUGACUGGUACCUUCCCCCCCUGGUGGUUUUCUUGGUGCAUUGCUCCACUUUGGCUGAGCCCCACCCUGGGUUUUCAAGUCAGAGACGAGACCUCUGGGAGUGGGCGUUUCUCGGCUCGCACAAAAAUUAGUGUUUGUUUGCCCUCAGAAAGAGAAGCGGAACUUUCCUUUGUUAUGCUCCCUGGGACGCUGGAUUUCCCCUUCCAGCUAUGCCCC